AUGGCGGGGACCCCGUCCGGCGGUGCUGCUCAGUUCUCUUGUCCCCCCAACUUUACCGCGACGUCCCCAACCUCAGAGCCCACCCGUUUCUCUUUGGAAGUGUUAACAGACCCAGAUACGGAACUGUGGCUUAUCCAGGCCCCUGUAGACUUCGCCCCAGACUGCCUCAACGGGCGGCUAGUGCCUCUCUCUGGCUCCCAGAUUGUGAAGGGCAAGUUGGCAGGCAAGCGGCACCGCUACCGGGUCCUCAGAAGCAGCGGUCCCCAGGCUGGAGGAGCAAUCCUGCUGGCUCCCUCCGUGGCGGCAGGGGGGGGACUCACCUGUGCCCCAGCCCCCCAGGGCAGCCUGAGGAUCUUUGAGGGUUCCCAGGAAUCCCCACCAGGGACCCUGCUGCAGCCUAUUCCAACAAGCCCCCCGCCACAGAUCCCCCCUGACCUGAGGCCCCGGUUCUGUGCCUUUGGAGGCAGCCUACCGGUAACAGGGCCUGGGUCAGCCUUGGCACUGAAGUCACCCGCCUCAAAAAAGAGGAAAAAGAAGAGGCAAAUACCAGAGGCCCCAGCUCCCCGGGAGGCAGUGAAUGGGCUGGGGUCCCUGGCGGGGGACACAGCUUUGGGGUCCCCGGAUGUGGCGAAGAAGAAGAAGAAAAAGCAGGAGCCGCCAGAACUCGAGGUGAUGGAGCUGGUGACAGCCGAACCUGCGGCCGAGAUGCUGGAGCCUCUGGAAGCGCUGUUCCCGUCAUCCACCACCAGGAAGAGGAAGAGGCUGAAGGGGACAGAAGAGAGGGAGCCUGGGGAAAGGAUGCUGAUUGAGUCUCAGCCUCAGUUGGAGGAGGAGCCACAGGAGGAAGCCGUCCCACUGCCAUCUUCGAAGAAGAAGAAGAAGAAAGAAAAGGGGCACAAAGUCAUGAUGGAGGCGGGGACUGAUGAGGCUCUAGAGCUGGAGAGGAGGCCUCUGGAACUCCCAGGGGAGAUGACAGAGCCCGAACCACCACAAGAAGUUGAGCUUCAGGCUGAGGCAGCUCUAACACCCGCCAAAAAGAGGAGGAAGAAAGAAAAACGGCAAGACGAGACAGUGGAGCCAGGGGCAGAGGCAGUGGAGCCUCCGGUGGAGCCUGAGUUGCCAGGUGACCUUGAGGGUCGGGCAUCCACCAAGAAGAAGAAGAAAGAACAGGGGCUCGGAGCAACUGAGCCGAGGACUGAGGUAACGGACCCACAGGGUGAGCCGAUGGAGCCUGAGCUUCCGGAAGAGCGUGAACCUGAGGCAGGGGCAGAUCCAGCAUCUGCUAAGAAGAAGAAGAAGAAGAAGAAACGGGGCCGGGAAAGCGGGGUGCCAGAGGCAGCACCCCGGGAGGAGAUGCCAGAGCCGCCGCGGAGUCCAAAGGCUGGGGAGGUGGCUUCCACAGGCCGGGAGAAGAAGUCGAAGAGGCUGCAGCCGGAUCCUGUGUAG